GGCUUUUCCCAUUACUUACCACUAACACUCAAUAGGUUCAUUGGAAUGACCGGAGGCGAGAUCUUCCACGAGAUGAUGCAGCGACACAACGUCAAACACAUCUUUGGAUACCCCGGGGGAGCCAUCCUCCCCGUCUUUGACGCCAUCUACAACUCUAAAAAGGUCGAUUUCGUCCUCCCAAAACACGAACAAGGCGCCGGACACAUGGCCGAAGGAUAUGCCCGAGCGUCAGGAAAACCGGGGAUCGUGCUGGUGACCUCCGGCCCGGGGGCCACGAACGUUGUGACCCCGAUGCAGGACGCGCUCUGUGACGGCACGCCCUUGAUUGUCUUCUGCGGGCAGGUUGCGACCUCGCUGAUCGGCAGCGACGGGUUCCAGGAGGCGGAUAUGCUGGGCAUCUCGCGCUCGUGCACAAAAUGGAACGUCAUGGUGCGCCAUGUCUCGGAACUGCCGCAGCGCAUCAAUGAGGCGUUCCAAAUCGCAACGAGUGGGCGACCCGGUCCCGUGUUGGUUGAUCUUCCCAAGGACGUCACGGCUGCGGUCCUAAGGAAGGCGAUUCCGACCACGUCGGCGUUGCCGUUCGUUCCUACUGUUGUUGACAGUAUCAAGGCGGUGCCUCAGAAGUCAAUCGCUCGGGUGGCUGAGUUGAUCAACACUGCCAAAAAGCCCGUCAUUUAUGCGGGGCAAGGAGUGGUCAACUCGCCGGAUGCUUCGCGAUUGCUUAGAGAGCUUGCGGAAAAGUCCUCGAUUCCGGUUACAACCACUCUGCAGGGACUCGGUGGGUUCGAUGAACUAGAUGAAAAAUCCUUGCAUAUGGUGGGAAUGCAUGGAUCCGGGUAUGCGAACAUGGCGAUGCAGGAAGCCGACCUGAUUAUCGCUCUGGGAGCUCGAUUUGACGACCGGGUUACGAUGAAUAUCAAGAAGUUUGCGCCCGCGGCGCGAGCGGCGGCGGCGGCGGGGGUCGGGGGGAUCGUGCAUUUCGACAUCCUGCCGAAGAAUAUCAACAAGGUUGUUCAAGCGACCGAGGCGGUGGUGGGCGAUGUUGCUGAGAGCCUUGCAGCUGUGCUUCCCCAGAUUGAACAGAAGAAUAUGACCCAUCCCGAUCGUCGGUCGUGGUUUGGGACGAUUAAAGAGUGGAAGAAACGCUGGCCGCUGAACGUGUACGAUCGAAGGGAUCGGUCGCAUCUGAUCCAGCCUCAAGCAAUGAUCGAAGAACUCAGUAGGUUGACUGCCGAUCGCAAGCAGGAAACCAUCAUCACCACGGGAAUCGGGCAACAUCAGAUGUGGACGGCGCAGCAGUUUCGCUGGCGGUAUCCGCGCACGAUGAUCACCUCGGGCGGAUUGGGCACGAUGGGCUUCGGCUUGCCCGCUGCUAUCGGAGCCAAGGUGGCGAGGCCCGAUGCAUUGGUCAUUGACAUCGAUGGUGAUGCCUCGUUUGGAAUGACUCUGACUGAAUUGAGUACCGCUGCGCAGUUCAAUAUUGGGGUGAAGGUGAUUGUGCUCAACAACGAGGAACAAGGCAUGGUGACUCAGUGGCAGAACCUGUUCUAUGAAGAUAGAUAUGCCCACACGCAUAUCAGAAAUCCCGAUUUCAUGAAACUGGCCAAGGCAAUGCACGUCCAGCAACGCCGUGCUACCAGGCCGGAAGAAGUGUCUGAUGCCCUGAAAUGGCUAAUCAACACUGAGGGUCCUGCCCUGCUAGAAGUUGUGACCGACAAAAAAGUCCCUGUACUCCCCAUGGUUCCUGCUGGAUCAGGACUACAUGAGUUCAUUGCAUGGGAUGCUGCAACAGACAAGAAGAGGAGAGAAUUGAUGCGUGAGCGGACGUGUGGCCUGCAUGGGGCAUAGACGUGCAUCACUUGUAAUUAGUGACUCAUCCAAAAGUAAUAUAAUGUUUCAUAUCGCCAGCUCCUGACUCGACAAUUCAAAUCUUACGAGCCAGAUCACAAACCAUCGAGUGGUCUCCAGACUUUCAUCCACCGCUGAAUCACCAUUAGCGAC